CAAAUGCGUCUGUUAAAAAAUUAUUAUUCCCUACCAAAAAUAACUAAACACAAAUAAACCCACCCCCUACGCCUAUUAAUACUCCAAGCCAAACAUUAAUUAAAGACUUAUCCUCUUUUCAGUUUGAAAUAUAAUUUAUUUAUUUAUUUCAUUCUUUCCCUCCAAUUUUCAUUGCUUAUUAUUAAUUAUAAUUUAUAAAUAUAAAUACUUCAAAAUCUCCUCGUGGUGAGGUCUAUUGAUUGAUAGUUGGGUAAAUCGAAGAGGCUAGGGCUAAGCCGGCAGCCCCCAAUUACUGCCGGCCAUGGCUUUCUCAUCGGAAAAUGCUCUGUUCAACAAAUACGAGAUCGGAAAACUUCUCGGCAGCGGCGCGUUCGCGAAGGUGUACCACGCGAGAGACAUGGCCACCGGCCAAAGCGUCGCCAUCAAAGUAAUCCAGAAAACCAGGCUGAACAACGACGCCAACCUCAUCGCCGCCAUCAAGCGCGAGGUCUCAAUCAUGAGCCGGCUGCGCCACCCGCACAUCGUCAAGAUCUACGAGGUCCUCGCCACCAGGACUAAGAUCUACAUCGUCCUCGAAUUCGUCAGGGGCGGGGAGCUCUUCGCGAAGGUUUCCAAGGGCCGGUUCGGCGAGUCCGCCUGCCGGAAGUACUUUCAGCAGCUCAUCUCCGCCGUCAGCUACUGCCACUCCCGUGGCAUCUACCACCGGGAUCUGAAGCCGGAGAAUCUCCUCCUCGACGAGAACGGCGACCUCAAGGUUUCCGAUUUCGGCCUCAGCGCGGUGCUCACGGAUCAGGUCCAGCCCGACGGGCUGCUGCACACGCUCUGCGGCACGCCGGCGUACGUGGCGCCGGAGAUUCUCACUAAGAGAGGCUACGACGGCGCGAAGAUCGACGUCUGGUCGUGCGGCGUCAUCCUAUUCGUCCUCUCCGCCGGGUAUUUGCCCUUCAGCGACACCAAUUUGAUGAACAUGUACAAAAAAAUCUACAAGGGGGAAUUCCGGUGCCCUAAUUGGAUGUCCUCCGGUCUGAAGCGGUUUUUGUCUCGUCUUCUCGAUACGAACCCCAGCACCAGAAUCACCAUUGAUGAAAUCAAGCGUGAUCCCUGGUUCAGAAAGAGCUACAGAGAGAUCGAUUCAUUCCAUGAAAACGAAGAAUCGAAGGAGAAGAAAGUACUGCUGGGUCUAAACGCUUUCGACAUCAUCUCUUUCUCUUCGGGUUUGGAUCUAUCCGGAUUGUUCGAUCGGAGUGUCAAGGAGCUGGAGGAUGUCGAGAGGCUGACGGUGGAGGAGUCGCCGGAGAGAGUUAUUGAGAAGGUGGAGGAGGUGGUGAAGGCGGCGGUGGAAGGGGGUGUGGCGUUGAAGAGGAGGAGGAAGAAGGAAUGCGGGGUGGAGCUUGAGGGGCAGAAUGGUAAAUUCAUUGUGAUGGUGGAGGUUUACAGGUUGACCGACACGCUGGCGGUUGUGGAGGUGAAGAGGAAGGCUGGGGAAGCAAAUUUGUUCAGCAGUUUAUGGAAGGAACAAAUUAGGCCGGUGAUUUCGCGGCAACCGGAUCUGCUGGUUGCCGGUAACUAGGUUGUUGAUAAUUGCAGGUUUUUUGGUAAAAUGUAAAAAAAAGGAAUAUAGGAAUAAAGGAGCAGGAAAAUAAUUAAUUAAUUAAUGCAAGCCCAAUUUAAUUGAAAAUAAUUAAAUUUAGCUUGUUUGUCGAAAAUGAAAUGUAUAUAUAUACAUACAGAGGAAAAAGGAUUGUAAAAAUAGGAGCGCGUGAAAUAAAAUCACCUCUAGGGGAUUAUUUUUCUUGUCUGUAAUGUAAUGAUGCUUUUACAAUUUAUUGUUUGCAUCUUU